GCCCAAGACACAUCAAAAUUGACUUUUAAAUCUUCCCCAUUAUACUUUUUUCUACUACCAGUUCUCACAGAAGCACCCAGGAAGUCUCCCAUUCUACUACUACCUCACGUCAUUUCCACCGCUGACUCGAACCAAGUCUUGCAUAGCAGCCUCUCGUGCGUUUGCUGCUUCAGACUUUCAUUCAUUCACCCUUCCCCAUGGCGGAGCGGGGAUCCUACGUGCCGGGUCCUCAACUAGAUAUUCCCCAAAUACUCAUAGAAGCCCAACAUCGAUGGUUGCGACCUGCUGAAAUUUGUGAAAUUCUUCGUAAUUAUCAGAAGUUUCGUAUUGCAUCAGAGCCUCCAAACAGACCCCCAAGUGGUUCACUUAUUCUUUUUGAUAGGAAGGUUUUGAGAUACUUUAGAAAGGAUGGACAUAAUUGGAGGAAGAAGAAAGAUGGAAAAACUGUGAAGGAAGCUCAUGAGAAGCUGAAGGUUGGUAGUAUUGAUGUGCUACACUGCUAUUAUGCCCAUGGAGAAGAGAAUGAAAACUUUCAAAGGCGUUGCUAUUGGAUGCUUGAACAGGAUUUGAUGCACAUAGUUUUUGUCCACUACUUAGAAGUUAAGGGUAAUAGGACAAAUAUUGGAGGCAUCAGAGAGAGUAAUCAGGUUGCAACAGAUUUCCAGGACAGUCCUUUGAGUUGUAGCUUUUCCACAAAUCAUAACAGAGUCCCUUGCAGAAGUACAGAUUCCCCAAGCCCAAUCAGUUCUCCAACAUCGUUAUGUGAAGAUGCUGAUUCUGAGGAUAGUUACCAGGCAAGUUCGAGUUCUCCCUCAUUUCUUGAGUCUCUGACAAUAAAAAAUGGUCCUCUGACAGAAGGGAUGGAUGCUAGUGCCUUGAGCUCUUAUUUUCUGUGUCCCUCUGCAGAUAAUCAUGGUAUUUCAUCAAUGCCAGGGGCAAAUUAUAUCUCACAUGUUCAGAAAGAUAGACUUAGAGACAGUGAUGAUAUUGCUGAUGUGACUGUUUCUCAAAAAACAAUUGAUUUGGCUUCUUGGGAAGAGGUCUUGGAACAGUCUACAAGUGGAUUUCAUACUUCUGUACCUUCUCUUGUAUCUUUGUCUUCCCCUGAACCUGCGUCAAUGGGAACUGUCCUUGGACAAGAAAAUAUGAGUCUAGAUGAGCUUUUAACAGGUGGGAGUGUUGUAAAAGAGGAGUUUCAAAAUUAUUUACCAAUACAGUCAAAUUGGCAGAUUCCUUUUGACGAUAAUUCAGCACAGUUGCCCAUGUGGCCUAUGGACCAGUCAUCAAAUUUGGAAUUGGAAUAUGAUCUUGGUAUGACGGCAUUCAAGGCUAGAGUUCAUGAUAUGAGCUGGGGAAAUGCUUCUGAGCCAUUUUCUACUUAUCCUGUUCAGCAAAAUGAGCAGCCUGGGCAGAACCAGCUUGCAAAUGAUGAAUCCCAGUGUUCAAUAAAAUCAAAUUCCAAAACUGAUAUGCCUACUGAAGGAAAUACUAGCUAUGCUUUGACUCUGAAAAAAACAUUAUUAAAUGGAGAAGAGGGUUUGAAGAAAGUUGACAGCUUUUCUCGUUGGGUUACUAAAGAAUUGGGAGAUGUAGAUGAUUUGCAUUUGAAGACCACAUCUGGUAUAUCAUGGAGCACUGAUGAAUGUGGAAAUGUAGUCGAUGAUUCCUCAUUGAGUCCCUCUCUCUCUCACGACCAGCUUUUUAGUAUUUUAGAUUUUUCGCCAAAGUGGGCUUAUACAGACUCAGAGACUGAGGUUCUGAUAACUGGAACAUUUUUGAAGAGUCUACCAGAUGUAGCAAAAUGUAACUGGUCAUGUAUGUUCGGGGAAGUGGAGGUUCCUGCAGAAAUUCUAGCCAAUGGGGUUCUUUGUUGCUGUGCUCCACCUCAUGCUGUUGGGCAAGUUCCUUUUUAUGUAACAUGUUCCAACAGGUUAGCUUGUAGUGAAGUGCGAGAAUUCGACUAUCGAGUGGGUUCUACUAAAGAUAUAGAUAUUUCUGUUAUCUAUGGUGGCACUAAUGAAAUGUUUCUUUAUUUGCGACUUGAGAAGUUACUGUCUCUGAGAUCUAUCAGCCCUCCAAGUCACUUUGUUGAAGGUGUUACUGUGAAACAAGACUUAAUCAGUAAGAUUAUUUCAUUAAAGGAUGAAGACGAAUAUUACCAGAUGGUAGAGACAACCUCACGGAAGGAUUUAUCCCAACAUGAAUUGAAGGAGCAUCUCCUUAAAAUGUUAAUGAAAGAGAAGUUGUACUCAUGGCUGCUUCAUAAAGUAUCUGAAGAUGGUAAAGGGCCAAGUGUAUUGGAUGAUGAAGGGCAAGGUGUGAUACAUUUAGCAGCUGCCCUUGGUUAUGAUUGGGCCAUAAAACCAAUUGUAACAGCAGAAGUUAGCAUCAAUUUCCGGGACAUAAAUGGAUGGACUGCCCUGCAUUGGGCUGCGUUUUGUGGCAGAGAGCAGAUGGUGGCAUUCCUUGUCUCUCUGGGUGCAGCUCUUGGAGCAUUGACGGACCCAUCUCCAGAAUCUCCUUUGGGUAGAACACCUGCAGACCUGGCAUCUGGAAAUGGACACAAAGGAAUCUCUGGUUUUCUUGCAGAGUCUUCCUUGACUGACUACCUCAAAUCCCUAACAAUGAAUGAUCCCAAUGAAGAUGAAACAGUAGAAGUUUCUGGAGCAAAGGCUGUGCAAACAGUUUCAGAACGGACAGCAACACCUGUGAAUUAUGUUGAUGCAGCAGAUGAACUGUCGCUGAGGGAUUCACUUACUGCUCUCUGCAAUGCCACACAAGCUGCUGGUCGUAUACAUCAGAUGUUCCGGAUGUAUUCACUUCAGAGGAAACGGACAACUGAGAAUGAUGAUGAUAAAGUUGGAUUGUCAGAUGAACGUGCUCUUUCACUUGUAGCUUCCAAGACACGCAAGCCUGGACGAAGUGAUGGGGUAGUCCAUGCCGCUGCAACACAAAUACAGAAGAAGUUCCGUGGUUGGAAGAAAAGAAAAGAAUUCUUAAUAAUCCGUCAAAGAAUUGUCAAAAUUCAGGCCCAUGUGAGGGGACACCAAGUGAGGAAACAAUAUAGACCAAUCGUCUGGUCUGUAGGAAUUUUGGAGAAGGUCAUAUUAAGAUGGAGACGUAAAGGGAUUGGUCUCCGGGGAUUCCGACCAGAUGCACAUACCAAAGACCUCAACUCACCAAGUGUGCCCUCAAAAGAGGAUGAUUAUGAUUUUCUUAAGGAAGGAAGGAAACAGACCGAGGAAAGAUUGCAAAAGGCUCUCACUAGGGUGAAGUCUAUGGCACAGAAUCCAGAGGGACGAGCUCAAUACCGUAGGCUGCUAACUGUUGUUGAAGGUUUCCGUCAGACCAAGGCAGGUAAUAUGGUUUGGAGUAGUCCAGAAGAAACAGCUGAUGUUGAUGAGGACCUGAUUGAUAUUGGUCCACUGUUGGAUGAUGACAUGUUAAAUGAUGAAACUUUUAUGUCUAUAGCAUUCCAGUAGACCAAAGCCUCGUCUUCUCUGAUUUGUCCCACCUGUAUUCUAGAUCACUGGCUUUGUUGUGGCAUCAUGAACGUCAUCAUUAUGUAAAUAUGAUGUCUAAUGUGUUAUAUCAUCUACCAGGCUUACAUAGUGUAGACGAUCAAUUUUACUUUGCACAGCUAUUAAUGUUUUUCUAAUAUGUUUUCUCUGGCUUCUACAGGGACUUGGUUGGAUGUUUAUAGUAGACAGUAUUGGUUUACAUCUA